AUGGUGCAUAUAGUAAGCCUGAAGCCCGCGGGCCGCAGCUGCUGGGACGAGCCGCUGGGUAUCUCCGUGCACGGCCUGGCCCCCGAGCAGCCCGUCACGCUGCGCGCGGCCCUGCGAGACGAGAAAGGCGCGCUCUUCCGCGCCCACGCGCGCUACCGCGCCGACGACCACGGCGGCCUGGACCUGGCGCGCGCGCCCGCGCUGGGCGGCAGCUUCGCCGGGAUCGAGCCCAUGGGGCUCCUGGGCUGGAAGCCCGGGAUGCUUCAGGGGUGCAGCGCCUGGGCCCCUUCUUCCCUGUCUCCCGCACUCUUCACGGGGCCCUUGGAGGUCAGUGGCCCCUGGAAAAGAAAUGGACCCUUUCCUGGGAUCAUAGACCUUUUUGGAGGUGGAGGUGGCCUUCCGGAGUAUCGGGCUAGUCUGCUGGCUGGGAAGGGCUUUGCAGUCAUGGCUCUGGCUUAUUAUAACUACGAUGACCUCCCCAAGGACAUGGACAUUACCCACCUGGAAUACUUUGAGGAAGCUGUGAACUACCUGCUCAGUCACCCUCAGGUCAAGGGACCAGGGAUUGGCCUUCUAGGGAUUUCCAGAGGCGGUGAACUCUGCCUCUCCAUGGCCUCUUUCCUGAAAGGCAUCACGGCCGCUGUCAUCAUCAAUGGCUCUGCAACCAACAUUGUUGGGAAAUUGUGCUACAAGGAUGAGACCCUGCCCCCUUUGAGAGUAAAUGCAGAUCGAAUCAGGGUGACCAAAGAUGGCCUUUCAGAUAUUUCUGAUGUCCUGAGUUGGCCUAUAGAAGGACCUGAACAAAAGAGCAUCAUCCCCGUGGAAAGGUCAGACACCACCUUCCUGUUGCUUGUAGGUCAGGAUGAUCGCAACUGGAAGAGUGAGUUCUAUGCCAAUGAGAUCUUUAAACGCUUAGAGGCCCAUGGGAAGGGGAAGCCCCAGAUCAUCUACUACCCAGAAACGGGGCACUAUAUUGAGCCCCCUUACUUCCCACUGUGCAAGGCUUCCCUACACACCUAUUUUGGAAUGCCUGUCGUCUUUGGGGGAGAGCCCAGGGCUCAUGCCAUGGCCCAGGUGGAUGCGUGGCAGAAACUCCAGACUUUUUUGGGAUUGAGCCCAGCGCAUGAGAGUAUAAGAGAUGAGGCUUUACCGCCACAGCGGCCAGGGGAAGCCAGCAGCAAGGGGAAGCGUUGGACCCUGCUGAAAGCCAAGGCCUACUUCCAAGGCCUCUCAGCUAAGGGCAGGAGGCCUCCAGGUGCGGACAGUUCUGAGCAGCUCAGCAGUGGCAACACGCUGGUGUGGUGCAGCGGGUUGGCUGUGAGCCGUGAGCACCUGUGGAGAGAGGGCGCUUUCCCGGCCUAG